UUCUUUGUCGUGAAUAAUUGCGACGUGACUUUAUCUUUAUUUAGAUCUAACGUUCUUAUUCUUUUAAUGUGUACCUGCGUCUGUGGUGUAGAUAUUUAGACUCUUUGCUUUGUACCGAGAGAGAAAUUCGUGUGUGAAGACUGACCUGCUGACAUGGUUAGCCUCAAAGAUCUGUGUUCGGGAAUCCCCGUUGACCCACUUCCGGAGCCCCGCCCACGUGAUGACAGUGUGGCGCACGCACCAAUCAGAAUGCUGGAUCUCACACGGGAGGAGGAGAGGAUGGUCCCCAACUACUCCAGUCGUAGCCUGUACGAUCGUCUGUUUGCUCUGGGAGUCACCAUGUAUGGUCAAAUGACUGCUGGCAGUUACUGUUAUAUUGGACCACAGGGUAUAGUGCAUGGGACCACGCUGACUCUCCUGAAUGCCGCGAGGAAACAUCUCAACACCAACGACUUGGGAGGGAAGGUGGGUGUGCACAUCCACCGACCCGUCUGAUCUGGAGAAGACCGACGAAAUCGCAGCUACUAUCAUAGAGGAACUCUCCAAGAAGGAAGACAUGGCGGUACAGAAUGUGAUCGGUGACAGCUUCAGAGGAGCCACUUGGGUGGCGCUACACAACGGAGGAGGAGUGGGAUGGGGUGAAGUGAUGAACGGAGGCUUUGGUCUCCUUCUGGAUGGUUCACAGGAAGCGGCUCACAAAGCGCGCGCGAUGUUGGCCUGGGAUGUCAGUAACGGG